AUGGCUCGAUCGUCAUCUCGACCUUCUCCCAAUUUGCUCCCGCUGCCAUUUCCCCAGGCAGUGAUGCCCGUAGAGGCUCAGCCUUCCGCCAGACACGCUUAUCCCACCAGCUACCCAGCAGGGCCUGGGGAAUGGGUAGUUCUGGAUUAUCCAGAACCCAUAGGCGACUCCGUCCCAAUCUACGACUUCCCUUCACCGCAGGCCUCCGAGCGCGGUCUGGCCGACUCUCCACGACAUCCUGGCCAAGACCACCAGUUCCCCCACCACAUCUUAGCUGCGCACAGCACAGCCAGUUCACAGAGGUCUUCGCCUCACACAUAUGACCUCCCACAACCCAGAGUCGUCAAGGCGCAGCGGAGUACAGGCAGCUCGGCACGGAAUUCCGCCCAUACCGUUCUCAGUGACCCCUCUAUACCCCCCUCUGUUUUGACCCUAGGAUCUUCCAGAGGUGCUCCCGCGGUACCGAACCUCAACACAUAUGAACACCAAGUUCUCGUCGUUGGCCCUCCAUCCCAUGAAACCUACCGUUGCCUCCUCUUCUUCCAAGACGGGCAGCUCUACAUUAUCUCUACCCCGCGCCUCUCUAGGAGCCCGAAGCGCACUGGAAUAACGUCACGAACUGAACUCUUAGGCGACCUUCGGUGCUCGUACGACAUCGGGGGAGCUGUGAAGCAAAUUGUUGCGGUAGACCCAGGAUGCAUGGAGGACAUGCAUCUUCUAUUCAGAGCAUUGGAGGACCAUUAUGCGGCGUCGACUGCCCCCACUUGCCCUAUAUACCUCGCAACGCUUACAACACCUUAUCCUAAUCUCAUCGAAGAUCCCACCUCUUAUACAACAACUGCGACCUCAUACGGGUAUCUGUGA